UAGGUAUCUUCCGCACGAAGAUUUCAACUAUCUCUCUCCCUUUCCCUCUUUCCUCUCUCCGUCUCUUCAUCCAUGUUCAUGAUUUGGAAGCGACGCGCACACUAAAACACUUACUUUUUCCUUCCCAGCUGUGUUUUGGAUAAAGGGGACGGUUUUUUUUUAUCGCGAGAACGAUUCGGGCAUGCGAUCUUUCUUUAAUAAACCCGCUUGGGCAAGCACGGGCAAGGACAGCGGCGAUCCAGAAUUUUAUCGCCGCUCUGGCCAAACCUACAAUGAUAUCAUCGCAAUCAACAAAAAUGCGCGGGAGCGACGAGCAGGUGCUCACCAGUCCAGUCCGCAGAAACGUCAGCAUGUUUCAAACUUCGCGAAAGGAGGAGGUAGCGAAGACACUGGUAGUGAGGAACAACCGAUGUCAAAACGACGGACACCGUCAGACAGUUCACCCCCUCCGUUGACCGUUCAGGAUGAUACCAGUCCUGAUAGUCGAGCCAGUGUAAGCCGUCAUUCGGUUGUUGAUAAUAAAUCCCCGCCCAUGGCGAUGGACAGAGAAGUUUCCACAUCCCCGCCAGUUCGAGAGAGCGAGUCGCCUCAACUUGUCUCAACAGCGGCUCCCAUCCAGUCACCUUUUACUGAUGCGACAAGCAAAGAAGAGCCAAAAGAACUUUCAACAUGUCCCUCCAACGUUACAGACACUUCAGCACAGGCGGAUACAUCUCGUAGUGACCGCAACUCCGCCCUAGACAACACGGUCGUUCAAAUCCUCAUAACUUCGAAGAUCGCGAAUACCAGGCCUUUGAUCAUCCACCGCAAAAUGUCACAAUCUCUGAAAGGAGUUCGUCUCGCAUGGUGUAUCCACCAGAACCUACCAAAAGAGCUCCAUCCGACAGUCAUUUUGACUUGGAAGGGCAGACGGCUCUUUGACGUCACGACCUGUAGAUCUCUGAAUAUUAAUGCACACAGUGCUUUUAGCAAGGAUACAUCUGCCUUCGGCGAUAUUUUUGGCGAGGCACAGGAUAUUCGAAUACAUAUGGAGGCUGUUACUGAAGAAAUUCUUACAGCUGCAUAUCAGCCUUCACCGAGCAUGUUUCGGUCCGGCUCGACGCCUCCCGCAUCUGCUGAGCCUCAAGAUACUGAACAGGAAACACGGAGUGAGAUUAUCCUCAAGUGCCCGGGACUUGAUGACUUCAGACUUCGGGUGACACCGAAGACGCACGUGUCCCACGUUGUCACAGCCUUCCGUGAGGCAAGGAGCAUAUCCACAGAGUUCGAGAUAUAUCUUGCGUUCGACGGUGAUCGAUUGAAUCCUCAGUCUUGUUUGGCGGAUUAUGAGAUGGACGAUGGCGAUCUAAUUGAUGUUCUCGUUAAGAGACUAGUAUAAUCAACAUGCAAUCGGAAAUGCCCUUUCGCUAUUCGGACAGUGCAUUGAUAUUCAUACAACCAUGCGUUCCUCGACCCUGUCGUCACAACAGUUGGCGCAUGAAGACCCGAUC